GUUUCGUCUGGCAUUUUGUAAGGUUGCUUAUCUGAGGUCAAUAAUUAUCGUGCGUACCUAAUAAUAAUGAUAUUAUUUGGUAUUUGUUUUUUUGUGAUACUUGCAAUAUCAGGCACGAGCCACUGCAAUAUAUUAACGGUACCCAAAUUGAAACUUAACGAUGGCAAAGAAAUUCCAUGUUUGGCGCUCGGCACAUGGCUUGGGAACAGUACUCAGACCAACCACGCCCCUAGAGGCUGGCCCUAAAGGUUACCAAUUCCAGAAACUAGCUGUGGCACUAGCACAGGGUCGAGUCGUACCCAAGGGUGACGAGGUGGAAAAAGCUGUGGAACUGGCUAUAGAUCUCGGCUACCGACAUAUAGAUACAGCUUAUAUAUACAAAGUGGAAGAUCAGGUUGGGAGAGCUCUCACCCAGAAAAUGGCCAUGGGAAUAAAAAGGGAAGAACUAUUCAUCACCACUAAGCUUUGGAAUGAUCGACAUGCCAGAGAGGCAGUGGUACCUGCUUUAAGAGAGUCCCUGCAAGCUCUGAACUUAAGUUACGUGGAUCUAUACUUAAUACAUUGGCCUGUGGGACAAUUCGCGAACCUUACUUUUGAUUAUACAGACUAUUUGGAGACCUGGCGAGGUAUGAUGGACGCAAAACAACUCGGCCUUACCAAAUCCAUUGGUUUGUCCAAUUUCAAUCAGCACCAGAUCGACAGAAUCCUGGACAAUGGUCUAGAUGUCCCUGCAGUACUUCAGGUGGAGAUAAACCUGAACUUGCAACAGCCUGACUUACUUUCUUACUGUAAGACUAAAAGCAUAGUAGUGAUGGGAUACACCCCGUUCGGAUCCCUGUUCUACAGCAAAGCGCGAGCAGACGCCCCACCGCCGAGGAUAGACGACCCGCAGCUAACAGCUAUCGGCAAUAAUCACAAUAAAACAGUGACGCAAAUCACACUUCGGUAUAUGUUGGACCUUGGCGUGAUCCCGAUACCAAAAGCGUUGUCUUAUGACCACUUGGCAUCCAAUAUCGACGUAUUUGACUUCAACCUAACAGAAAGCGAACAAGCUAUCCUCAAAAGAUACGACAGGGGAUAUAGGACUAUCCCGCAACUAAAGUGGAUCAGGCAUCCAUACUAUCCUUUUGAAAUAGAAAAGAAUAAUAAUUAAUUCAUAUCAUUUACAAAGUAAAUGAAACACGUGACUUUCAACAAGCACAGACAUAUUCGUGCAGCUAUAU